CGGUCACAAAACCUAAUACCUGGGGCCAGAACUACAGUUCCCACCACGCAGCGAGGCAGGAGGAAGAAGGGGCACCAAGGGCUACAAAGGAAACCAGGAGAAGAAGAAAACAUUACCUCCUUGCUGGCACAGGUCUGUUCUAGGUGGCGAGAGUCAUGCAGUUCUACAACUCAGCCAGGGCAGCAGAUGAGAACUUUGACUAUUUGUUCAAGGUUAUCCUCAUUGGGGAUUCCAAUGUGGGGAAGACGUGUGUGGUUCAGCAUUUCAAAUCUGGUGUCUACACGGAGACACAGCAGAAUACCAUCGGAGUGGACUUCACUGUGCGCUCCCUUGAGAUUGAUGGCAAGAAAGUAAAGAUGCAGGUGUGGGACACCGCGGGCCAGGAGCGCUUCCGCACCAUCACCCAGAGCUACUACCGCAGCGCGCACGCGGCCAUCAUCGCCUACGACCUCACGCGGCAGUCCACCUUCGAGUCGGUCCCUCACUGGAUUCGCGAGAUAGAGAAGUACGGAGCGGCCAACUUGGUCGUCAUGCUGAUCGGAAACAAAUGCGACAUGUGGGAAAAACGGCACGUCCUAUUUGAGGAUGCCUGCACGCUGGCCGAGAAGUACGGCCUCCUGGCAGUUUUGGAGACAUCUGCCAAGGAGUCCAAGAACAUAGACGAAGUCUUCGUGCUGAUGGCCAAGGAGCUGAUCGCCCGCAACAGCCUGCACCUGUAUGGGGAGAGCGCCCUGCACAGUCUGCCCACAGAUUCCAGUCCAGUUCUCGUAGCCCAAGGUCCAAGUGAGAAGAGCCACUGCACCUGCUGAAUGUGUGGGUGAAGCCAGCUUGGAAAGCAGAGGCAGUCAGAUAUCCAGUGUCUCCUGGGGCCAAGAGCAGCCUUGCCACUGGCCCGAUCCCUCCAGCCUGAACAGACGGCACUUUUGCCUCAACUCACACCAGACUCCAAGGAAAGCGAAAGCACCUCUUCCUGGAUUCUUAGUAAAACCAGGACUUUAGACAGGGCGGGGUCAAGGUUUGCCUUUCCCCUCUUUUCUGGCCCACUCUCCAUUCCGCCACUUCAACUGCUUUCCCCUGGAUGUUGCUUCUCAACCUGAAGAAGGCAGUGAAGGAAAAGUGGAGAGAAUGUUUGGAACAUUCUGUAAGUUUGAAGCAGCUCAGGCAGGGAGAUGGGAGAAAGCCUGCCAUGGGGAAAAAAAAAAAAAAAAAAAUGCUGUUAUCGUUUUGUCCCCAACAUUCACAACUCAAGUCUGCACAGGGGAGCCCGUCCGUUACCUCAAUACCAAAAGCAGCACCUUGUGAACUGCCAGGAACCACCUGAGGGCAACAGAAUCGGAUCCCACUGUGUCCAGGUUGGGCUGAUCUGUCACCCUAUAGGACCAUAAGGAUAUGAACAAUGCUCACAAUUUCUAAAACAUCCAGUUAUCUGCUGGAUCAGAAAUCAGUUCUGAAUUGAAAUUAAAUUGGCUCACAGAGGAUUAUAAAACUAGUGUUGUGCUACCUCUUCUCUAAGAUUGGCCAGAGGGCAGCUGGAGCCUCGGAGCCUGUGGGGGAAUGACCCUUGCUUUCAGAACUAAACACAUAAGGGUGACCAGAAGAGUCGAGGCACCCGGGGACCCAAGGGCAGGCAGCAGGCCAGGGCCCCUCGGCCUCAGGUGUCUGAGCCCCCAGUGUGCAAUGGCCAUUCACCUGAUAGAGGCACCUCUCUGCUGAUGUCAGUUAUGGAGCUGCCUCUCAAGGUCAGAAGGGAUGAGGGCACCGCGGCUUUCUGACUCCAGUGCUGAAGAGAUGUGCCCCACUUCAGGACACUGCUCUUAACCUGGGGCAUCCCCAGGUCCUUUUCCCAAGCAGUUGUUGGCCAUCCCUCCUGUUCCCUGCUCUGCCCUGAGAAUCUCAGGCUGGUGUUUAAAGGGCUGUGCCCCAGAUGAUGGUGGAGCAGCACGCACCCCCAAACACCACUCAGCUGGCUCUCAGCCAGGAAGUCAGUCUUUAAGGCCACCUUCCUUCCUCCCACCCUCCCAUGGCAGACCUGAGUUGUCCACUAGCUCCCUUAGACAUUUCCUGGUCCCUAAGGAGUCCUUGAAGAGUUAAUUUUAAAAAUUCUGACCUUCAAGAAGCACACACAUGCUAAAUCCCCCAAGGUGGAAGGCAGUGUCCCCUCCCAGCUCUGCCUUCCGAAUCACCAAGCACUUUUCAUUUUCUUACUUCAAGUGCCUUGUAGAAACUUCACAUCGUGGAAGCUUCACUCCUUGUUGAGUAGCUCUGUUCCUAAGGAAUUCAGCCGGUCUGUUCAUUGUGUCCAAAAUGAAUGACCUGCCAAAGGUGCUUUUGGUUGCCAGCUGCCAUGGAAAGCAGCUGGGACCCGGGUGUCUCAUAGGAGCAAGGGCCCAAGGGUCCCAAGCAUUCUUGUCUCCACCACAUAAGGAUUCUGAAAUUGUAGGCCAGUGAAAGUCUGAGGUCCCAGCCCUCCCUGAGACAUUUGCACAUUUGCAUAAUUGAAGACAAACCCCAAGAUAAAACCCUAAAUUGUGUCUUCAGUCAGGACUUCCACUCCUUGGAAGUUAAAGGCAUGGUGGGGUGGGGUAAAGGAACCCCUGAAAGUACCCACUAGGAGAGCUGUCUUCCCAGCCUGAGACAUUCCGGGGACACUUACUUUCAUAUCCAUAGGUAUCCUCCACAUCCCUCAUAAGCACCUGAGCCGCUAUGUUCAUCCCGUAGUAGUUCGGGAGGACACCUUAUUUUUGCUGGAGUUGCUGCCCCCUCCUGUCAGCACCCUUCUCAUUCCCUCCUUCAUGAAGGGGAAGCUUUGAGAACAGCUGUCAACCCCCCCAAGUUUUGAAAAAAAAAAAGUAGGAAUUUGCAUUAAAGUUCUGUGAGUUACCUCAGCUCCAUCCACUGGGGUUUCCUGUCAAAUGCUUUCUACUCAGGACAACUUUGAAUAAGAAGACUGACUUCCUGAGUCUCUCGCUGACAGAAGCCUCCUGAGCUCCAGUGCAUACAUCUGACUGUGUGCACAAGCCCUGCCCCGCCCACGUUCAGUCUAGAAGCACAGACAGCUCUUGGCAACUCUGUACCACCCAUCAGGACAGACCUGGCCUGAUAAUCACUAGUGUAAAUGGUGAUUAUGCCAAGCAGAAGACUUGGGCCACAGCUGUUCUUGAUCAAGAGACACACCUCUUUGGAUUCAGUUUGCUGUGGAUUAAAUGUGGUU